AUGAGCCGCGUGCUGUUGAACGGCCACUUCAGGGCAGCCGCUCUGUUGGUCAACAUCAUUUCUUCGUUCAGCACAGCAGAAGCACAACAGUUUCCUGAUGGGCUUCUUGGCUACAGCUCCUAUCCGGGGUUGAGCGACAGCUGUGCUGAGGCGCUUAACACAACCGUGGCCAGCUGUUCAGUCUUCUUGGCUUCUGUAGCCGUCGACAUGCCUCGUCUUGCGUCGUCUUUGUUGGACGUACUAUGCACAGCAGACUGCAGAUCCUCUCUGACUUCCGUCCGAAACGUUAUUGCUGCGGGUUGUAGUACCAGUACCGACGUGCUUGAAAUUGGCUCAGUCGUUUAUCCUGCUACAUUUGUCAUUGAGAACCUCCUAUACGCGUUCGAUGUGUCUUGCACCAAAGACAGCGACACCGGUAUGUUCUGCGACCAAAUAUACAUGGAUGCUCUUGCCAACGGCACGGAGGUCGACAGCUGUUCCGACUGUGCUUUAAGUGUCGUGAGCAAGCAAUUGAGCUCUCCUUUUGGCUACCAUCCUCAGUUCGCGGAGGGAUUUCAAUCCGUCACUUCCAGGUGUGGCGCCACCGGCUAUGCCUUCACCUCACCGGCACCAUACGCCGUCAGCACCAAACCAAGUGCCCAGCCUACAGAUGCCCCGACCUGCACAUCGCCGUACACAGUCCAAGAAGGGGAUACGUGCGAUUCGAUUGCCACCUCCAAGGGCGUUUCGACUCUCAGCAUCGUGAAGGCUGGCAGAACUGACCCGGAUUGUACUACUUUGCAGGUGGGCGCGAAUCUUUGCUUGCCAGAGCCAUGUACAGUAUAUCGUGUUCAAUACGAUGACACCUGCCAAAGCAUCAUCGACUCAGUCGAAGGCCUACGGGCAACUGAUCUUCUUACUUGGAACGCAAACAUUAAUCCCCUAUGUUCGAAUUUAGGCGCAAUAGCUAAGAGUUUGAUCUGUAUCAGCCCCCCUGGAAGAACCCUGGCAGAUGUGACGAGCAUCACCGAGGCGCCGACAGCCACACAAGCGCCGCCUACGCCUGUGCCUCGACCUGCCAACGCCAAAGCAGAGUCAAAUGCCCGGUGUGCCGGGUGGUACGAGGUGCAGGCCGGAGACUACUGCCAGGCCAUUUCUAUUCGACAAGCCAUCGCCCUACAGGAUUUUUUCUUCCUCAAUCCGUCUAUUGAUCAGCCUGACUGUAACAAUCUAUGGCUCGAGACAUCUUAUUGUAUCAAGCCUGUGGGCGACAUCAAUACUUAUAGCGACUAUCCCUACUCCACGUCGCCUGUUUAUACGCUAACAUCAUCGUCUUAUGUCACGACUGCCGUGUCGCUGGUUCCGACGGUCGCACCCAUUGCGACGCCAAUCGUAGAGCUAUCUCUGGCUCCUGGCUCUGCUACGGAAGCCGACGGGUGUCUUGGAUUCGUCAGCCACCAUGUCGUCGUGCCGCAGAUGGACCAGUCCCUGCAAACGGAUGUACCUACCUUCAAUAAUACCAUUAAUAGUUGUUACUUCGCCAUUGGGGCGUACGAGUUUGACCUCAACGAGUUCCUAUCGUGGAACCCAAGCCUGCAAUCCGUAAACCCCUGCUACCUGCAGGAAGGCUAUAGGUACUGUGGCGAUCAUAAGGACGCUACACCUGAUCUACCGAGAACUGGUACUUGUCUCCCCAUUGAGGAGCCGCAUUCGGGUACUAUAUCAUCCUGCUCUUGCUUUACAAUUAUCAAGGGCUAUGAAGCUACGUCAUACUCCUGCGAAGAUAUCGCCGAUGAUCAUAAAGUAACCGUCAGCAACCUCAUGGCCUGGAACCCCUGGAUCGGCGACCAGUCCAGUUGCGACACGGGUAUUUACGCCGACUUGGAAGAGUCGGCCGACCGCCCUGUGUGUGUCGGAGUGGACAGUAACGGCGGAGGUGCGACCAUCACCCGUCCCCCAAGCACCACGACUACCGAGGCACCCAUCACCACUUCCACCUCGGUCAGCCCCGGCGCCCCCACGCAGACCGGCAUCGUCGAGAGCUGUGUUAAGUACUACGUCGCGCAAUCUGGUGACGGAUGCUGGGCUAUUGCCAACGAUAACGCUAUCGCCCUGGAUAAUUUCUAUGCUUGGAACCCCGCAGUUGGUACUGAUUGCGCGAACCUAUGGCCUGGGUACGCUUACUGCGUCCAGGGUCCGGCUUCGUCGCCCACGACAUCGGCCAUGCCCACGUCGACGUCAGGUGGAGUUUCUCCGCCCGGGCCAACACAAGACGGUGCGAGUUCUUCUUGCAAGCAAUGGCAUACAGUGGUCGAUGGAGACGGUUGCUGGGCCAUUGCCAACGAUAACGGCAUCGCCUUGGACGAUUUCUAUUCUUGGAACCCCAGCAUCGGUUCUAACUGCGAGAAUUUAUGGUUGGGAUACAGUGUUUGUGUCGGGGUUUGA